GGUGCUUGCCUUAAAAAAAAAAAAAAGACGAAGAAGAAGAAGAAGAAGAAGAAGGAGAAGGAGGAAGUGUUUGAUUUGUAUUUAGCUAACUAGCUAGCUAGCUCAUUUUCGACGAUCAGAUUAUCUGACUUUGUUGGCCUUGUAAAUAUCAGCAGGAUCCACCAAAUUCACGAUGAACCUGGAACGACUGCCCAACGAGGAGAAACUGAGCCUAUGCCGAAAAUAUUAUUUAGGUGGCUUUGCGUUUCUACCGUUCCUGUGGCUGGUCAAUGUUGUUUGGUUUUUCAAGGAGGCCUUUGUAAAGCCAGUGUACAGCGAACAGCUCCAAAUAAAAACGUAUGUAAAGCGGUCAGCACUGGGGUUGCUGCUGUGGGUAACGGUACUCACUACCUGGAUAACCAUAUUCCAGCACUUCAGAGCAGAAUGGGGGGAGGUGGGAGAUUACCUCUCAUUUACCAUUCCACUGGGCAUUCCUUGAUAAAUGUGUCUUUGUCAAUGACAGAACUAAUGAUCCACUAUAAUGGACCAAAGAAUGUUCCUUCUUUAACUACAGUGAACAAUUCUGGUGAUUUGUCUGGUCUUUGGAGCUAAAUUCAACGGCUGAAUCACAUUAACAGUAAUCCCUUGUGUCUUCAAAAGAGAAAUGCUGUAGGAUUUGAAAAAUGUUUUUUAUGCUUGCCAAGGCAUUUGAGAAAGUUCUUUGAGUUCUUUUUUUUUUUUUAGAGUAGGCUAAUUUUGUAUAGCAGACAAUGUUAACUGUCAUGACAGUAUCUAAUAAUGACGUUCAGGACUUUGAUGAUUAAUAGAUCAACAUGCUUUUUUUUUUU